CAUGUGUGUGUAGUGUCACCUGUAUAUAAGACCGUGACCAUGACAACGUAGUAAAUGUAGUACGAAGUUGGGUCAGAUACCUACCCAGUUUGCGAGAAUAUAUUCGUGUCGAGGUGAAAUUAUUAUGAAAUAUUAAAUGUCGACUCGAAGGGGAUUGUAUGAUUCUCUCUGCUCGACGUUAUCGAAUUGCGUUCUCUGCGGUUGACGGUCACGUUAUGGCUGCAGUGUCUUUCGCUUUAGAUGGCGAAUCACUGUGUUAACAACAGCCUCCCAUAAUCCUGUCAGAAAAUUCAACAUCUGCAUUGCUAUUCCUAUCGGCUGGUACACCUCCUGAUUAUAAUAUCGUCCAAAUCCUUUGGGCGCAAAUGAAGAUGAAUCGGUAUAUUACGUUGCAUCAGUUAGGAGAUGGGACAUACGGAUCCGUUGUACUUGGUCAGAGAAUUGAUACGGGUGAAAAAGUGGCGAUAAAAAGGAUGAAAAGAAAAUAUUAUUCUUGGGAAGAAGCUAUGAAUCUGCGGGAAGUCAAGUCGCUGAAAAAACUCAGUCAUGCAAACGUAGUUAAACUGAAGGAAGUGAUACGAGAGAAUGAUGUUUUGUAUUUUGUUUUUGAAUACAUGAAGGAGAAUCUUUAUCAACUGAUGAAAGAUAGGGAGAAACUUUUUCCCGAACCUGUGAUCAGAAACAUGGUAUAUCAGGUAUUGCAGGGUUUGGCUUUUAUGCACAAGCACGGCUUCUUUCAUCGCGACAUGAAACCUGAAAAUUUGCUCUGCAUGGGGCCAGAACUGAUAAAAAUUGCUGACUUUGGGUUGGCCAGAGAAAUUAGAUCAAGACCACCUUAUACAGAUUAUGUUUCUACCAGAUGGUAUAGAGCGCCAGAAGUUCUAUUGCACUCUACUACUUAUAACAGCCCCAUAGAUAUUUGGGCCGUUGGUUGUAUAAUGGCUGAAUUAUACACGUUUAGGCCAUUAUUUCCUGGCAAUAGCGAGAUUGACGAGAUAUUUAAAAUCUGUUCUGUUAUUGGCACACCAAACAAGGAUGACUGGCCUGAGGGUUAUCAGCUGGCUGCCGCCAUGAAUUUCAAAUUUCCAAACUUCAGUCCUACCCCGUUGAGUAAAUUGAUACCAAACGCCAGUCAGGAAUCUGUCUCACUUAUGGAAGACAUGAUGAGGUGGAAUCCGGUUCAAAGACCGACGGCGCAGCAAUCUUUGAGGUAUCGUUACUUCCAAGUUGGUGGACCACGACAAGUCAGUAGCAAAAAAAUGGCUGUAGGAUCACAGCGGGAACUUGUUAUGAACAAGGUGAAUCUGCCUGCCUCGAUAAUCACUUCAAACGGAACUUACAAUCAACCGGAUAUGAUCAGUACUGUUGUUCAGACUAGGUUACAGGAAAAAGUACAGGUUCAGCAACCCGUAAUGCCGUUAUACACACGCAAUAACAAUACCAAUAACAAUAUUAACAAUAAAACUAACAAUAGUAAUCGGAACCAAGAAAAAAAUACAGCAGUAUGGGAUGAUGACGAGUUUGCUGAUGUUUUAGGUGGAAAAAUUCUACCGGAUAACACGAAUGCGAAGCUGCUACCGGAUCGAGUCUACAAGGAAAAUCGAACUAAUUGGAAUUCCACCUAUCCAAACAAUGCUCAAGAAAACGUUAAACAGACGAAUGCCAGGUGGACUCAGCCGGCUUGGACCGAGUCAUUGCCAUCCCAGAAUUGGACUCGCGUUCAACCGAACCUUAAAAACUCUUCAAGAAAGGUCUCGGCGAAGCAACACUACCUUGGCGUAGCUCGUUACAUCGCAGGACAGAGCACUGCCCUGCCGUCCAGAAACGGCGACGCGGAUGUCAACCGAACAAGAAUUACAUUGAAUGGGUCGAUUCCUCCUCCUGUUCCUAAUCCUCCAGAAGAUAUCGAAGAAAAAAUUGAUUCGUUAUGGGGAUCUCAGGAAAAUAUUGACACCCAAGCGAAACAACAUUACUUAGCUAGAAGUCGAUACGUCGCUGGCCAAAGCACACGAAUGCCAUACCCAAGCGUUUAUGGUACGUCGCAAAUCGGUGGUACAGUCAUACCAACUAACAAACCGUCGCCACUUCAGGCGAAUCUGUUUGGAAGCGUUUUGAACGCAAGAUCUAGCGGAGUUCAUGGGAGAACAGACUGGGCUGCAAAAUACUUAAACUAACGAGAUGGGUCGGAAGAAUAAAACAAUAGAGAAUAGGGUAGACAAUAGAGUAUAGGCUAGUCUAUACGAUAGAAGAAUAUAGAUUAGAUUAGCUAUGUAUGUAACCAACUGUGAUAGGAUGUGUUUUUCUUUCAUUUUCAUUCCUUUACUGUUUUAUCUUCGUCGAUUUCUUACUUUUCAUCAAUCUAGUAACUGUACAUUUAUGGUAUACGUCAUUUAGUACUUAUACGUAUGGUAGAUGCGUGUCUGUGCGUGUAAACAUAAAUCUUCAUAUAUCAAUGAUUUCUAUCGACUGGGAAUCGUGCUAGUCGGUGAGAUUUUUAUUUCAUUAAUGCAAAGCGACUGUAACUAGUUGUUUGUCUAUAUCAAGAGUACAUAAUCAAAUUUAGUAUGUAUAAUUUUAGAUCGAUAUAUAUAUUCGAGUAGCCACAAGUAAGAUGAUCGCACGAACGCGAUAUAUUAACACUAAACAUAAAGCGUGUAAUUUAUAUACAUGUAUGAGAAAUAGUUUUCUCGUGAUACGUGGGAGAAAAUUUAAUAUAUUUUUGGGAGGGAAUUAUCGUACUUCGUCUUUCAGAUGGUUAUUAUACGCUUCAAACGUUGUAACUAAGAUCCGUCCAAAUUUUCACGUUAAAAGUUUCCUCUUGACGAAAAAUUGUCGCUGUGAGAAAUGCUGAAGUUUUAUCACACUCAAAUUUGAACAAUAUGAGCUUGAUUUUUUUAUAAUAGGCGCAACUGAAUUAACAUGUUCCAAAAUAAAACCGCGAUUAAUUGUAUUUAAGUUUCGUCACAGUUUAUUUUUUUGAUAUUCUACAAAUUUUUCAUUCAAAAUAUCGAAGGUAUUAGUUGCGAAUGAGAAUAAUAUCGAAGGACCGGAAGGCGGCAGUUACAAAAAUUAAGUAAUGAAAUUUGUCGUACAUUUGUGUAUACACGAUAAAAUAUAAUAUUACGUAUUAAAUUUGUCAGUCCCCGCGUC